UAUGGGUUCCAAACCUUAUUCAUUCUCUGCUUUUGCCUUCUUCCUCUCCUUCAAUCUUAUCUUCUCCACGCUCAUCACAACACCUUCUGCUACAGAUUCACCCUCCAACCCACCACCCAUUCUUCCACCUCUAACUCCGGCAGCGUCUCCUACCGCCGAUGGAGAACCCGUUCUUCCUCCUCUAACUCCGCCACCGUCUCCUGGCGCGGGUGAAAAAUGUGGUGAAGAUGGUAUUAAGAUAAGCAUGUGCGCAAUGUUGCUGGACUGGGAUUUGCUCAAAGUGAUUGUUGGGGGUGGAGCACCUGUAGCACCGUGUUGCAGCCUCAUGGAAGGCCUUGCUGACUAUGAAGCCGCUGCCUGCCUUUGCGCCGCCAUCAAGGCCAGCGUCUUGGGCGAUGGUAUUGUGGAUAUACCAAUUUCAUUCACUUUGCUCCUUAUUAAUUGUGGUGGAAAACAAGCACAUGGUUUCAAGUGUUCUUGAAUUCAUUCACAUUUUUAUUUCCUUUUAAUGUUAUUUUCAUGUUGUUGGGGUCUAUUUUUCUUACCUUAAUCUUGUCGAGUCCAUGUUUGUCUGCUAGUAAUAACCACCUCCACCCUCUUUCCUAAUAAAUAACAGGGUGGAAUCUAUCGAUUUGAAAUAUAGUAGCAUGAUCUUAAACAACUUUUCAGACCAAGCGAGGUUAUAUGUGCAGUACUUCUUUACACAUGGCUCACGUGUGUGAGCAUAGGCUUCCAGACAGGCUCGCACACCAUCUGGGUUUGACUUGUCGGUCAAGCACUUGCUAAUGUGUUCUUGUCGAACACCACGGAGAGAAAGGACCCGCAUAAUAUCAUGACGAACAUAAAUGUCGAAAAUUAUAAGUCGUAAGAUACGUGUUCGUAUUCAUCAUAUUGGAGAGGUAUCCUAAUGCACAUGAC